ACACACAUCACUGUCUCUAAUAAUCCACAUAUAUAUUUACAUCUCAGGUCUCCACCAUAUAAGCCCUAGCAAAACCCUAAUCCUCAAAUCUUCAAUCCCAUUUUCCUUUCACCACAGCCUCAGAAAAUGGCCAAAAAGAAAGUGACCCAUCAACCCAAAGACUCCCAAGAAGAAGCCCCACCUAAUCAAAACCAAAUCCAAAGCCAAAAUCAAUCCCAACCCAAACCCAAGGAUGACUCCACUACUGAAAAGGUGCAGAGCUUGAAGUCACUCAACUCUCUGCUCCUCAAAGAAACCUUUGAGCGCAGACAGCAGGUUGAGUCCUUGGAGCAGGCCAAGGAGGCUUUGGAAUCCGAGUUAACUCGGUCUGUAAUGGAUAAGAAUGUGCUUGAGGCUGAGUUGACUCAGGCCAGUGAUGAGAGUAUUGGGUUGGAGUUGGAGAAGGUUGUGGUUUGUGCUUUUUGGGAGACCCAGAUGGGUGAAAUGGGUGUUGGGUUUGAUGGGUUGGUGAGAGAGAAGGCUGAGGUUGAGAAAUUGAAGUGUGAGAGAGAGGCUGAGAUUGGGUUUUUGAAGAAAGAGGUCAAUGAGGUCAGGGCUAGUCUUGAAAAUGAGAGAGAUAAGUUGAGCCGAGUGUGCCGAGAGAGGGAUUUGCUUAAGACUGAGAUUGAUGGUCUGGUUGAGGAGAGAAAUGGGUUGAGAGGAAAAGUGGUUGAGAAGGAGAAAAAAGAGAGGAAGAUUGAGGAAGAGGUUGGGAAACUGAAAGGAAAAUGUGAAGGACUAAUGGUGGAGAAGGCGGAGAUAGAAAAGGCGGUUGAGGUGGUUAAGAGGGAGAAAGAAUCAGUUCAGAGGAAAUUGGAGGUGUCGGCGAGGUUGAUUGAGGGAUUGAGGAGGGAGAUUGAUGGUGUUGAGAGGGAAAAGGGUGAAGUUGAGAGGCAGAGAAGUGUGAAAGAAGUGAAGAUUGGUGAAUUGGAGAAGGAGGUUGGGGAAUUGAAUGAGUUCAUAAUGCAAAUGCAGAGGGAGGAGGAAGUUUUGCGCGCUAAGGUUUUGGAGUUGGAGAAGAGGAUUGAGGAGGCUAAGGAUAAGGAAAAGGAGAUGGUGAUGGAGAUUGAUUUGUUGGUGGAAGAGAAGAGGGAGAAGCAACAAAAUAUUGAGAAGUUGAAAGAUGAGAGGGAUUCUAUUCAGAGGGUUUUGGAUAGCACUAGUAAGGUAUCAGAGGAUAGGCAGCAAAGGAUUGGGGAUUUGAUUCGAGAGAAGAAUGAGAUUGAGGAAGUGAAGCUUAGCCGAGAGAGUGAGAUUGUUGUGCUGAAUAUGGAGGCUGGUAAACUCAGGGAUGUAAUUUCUACAUUACAGGAGUCUUGUAGAAAUGAAGAAGAGAAAAACAAACAAUUAGUGUCUGAAAUUGGUCACUAUAAGGAUGCUUACAAUCGAGUUGCGCUUGAGAGGGAUCAGGUGCAAAUGGGUUUAGAUGAGGAGAAAAAGAAAGUGAAAAACAUGGAGGUAGUGGUUUCACAGAUGGAGCAGAGGAUUGAAGGUACUGUGAAGGAAAAGGAUUUGGUGCACAAGAGCCUUGUUGAGGCCCAACACGGAAUCGAUGAGUUAAAGGCUAAAAUGGAAUCAGCAAGCAUUAAUUCAGAGCGGGCAUUGAGUAUGGUGAAGAGCACUGCGGCAUUGGUGUGUGAUUCAAGAGAUGAUAGAGAUGGUAAGGAAGAAGUGAUUAUCAAUGGGCAGAAGCUAGAGGAAGAAAUUGAGCCAUAUGCGGCAGAGUUGGAUGCCAUUACGAAUGCUUUCAAAAACAAGGAGAAGAUCGUGGAGGAUACGAAGAAACAGGUUGAGUUUCUACAGAACUCUGUGGCAAAUGCAAAUAAGAGGAAGAGUUUCUGGACUGUAGUUUCUUCUGCAACUACAAUUUUUGCUGCAGCAUCUGUUGCUUAUGUUGCAAGAGGACGCUGAAUGCCAAACGGUUCAAGUUUUGGUCUUCUGUUAUUGGGACAAGAUGCUUUUGUAUCUUGGAUCAACUAAUCAAGUCCAGUUGACGAGAAAACUUAAUGUCAUUUGGGUACUUUCAGACUACUUAUGAUAAUAAAGUGUCUCUUAAAGCAGUAGAAAUUACUAUCUUGGCAAAUCGUUUACUGCUUUUUCGAUAUAUGAAACAACCUCUUAUCAGUUUAUAUGUUACUUUCUUAUAAUGUUAGCAUCUGCUCUCCAUA